AUGGACGCCUCCGAUCUCUCGGACUCUAGCUUCCUAAUCCCCAUCGCCCUCGUCCUGAUCGCAGGCUCCCUCGCAACACUCUUCCUCAGCCCCCAGCCCGCCCAGCCCGAGCCCACAACCGACACCCCCACCAAACCUCAAAUCCACCCCACGGACCUCCCGCUUCCUCCACCAUCACCCCUCCUCCUCCCGCCACCACUCCUCCCCCUCCCCGUCUCAGCUCCCCCGCCGCUGUCGAGAAAGCACGUCUCAUAUUCCUCCCCACCCUCCCCUGUCCCAUCGCCCACGGAACGUCGUAGGAAAUUCUCGUACCCGAAAGAGCAGUAUCCCCUGAAAGACUGCCAUGGACUGGCGAAGGGCGGGGUGUAUGUGAUGCCUAGGGACCGUAGCGGGUCAUCGGGAUCGGGAUCGGGGAAGGGGAAGGGGAAGGGAAAGGGGAAGGGGAGGCAAGGUCGUCUGGGUAGUGCGUUUGAUGUCGCCGGGUAUCUUGAUCACAUAGCGCCGGGACUCACAGGGCUGGGGGAUGGGGAUGUGGAGCUCGUUAAGGUGAGGAGGUCGAUGAGGGAGGGGAAGGGGACGAAGGCUGUGAGGUUUGAUGAGUUGGAGUGGUGA